AUGGCGCCCCGUUCCUACUCGAAGACGUACAGCGUCCCCCGUCGUCCUUUCGAGUCCGCUCGUCUGGACACUGAGCUCAAGCUCGUCGGCGAGUAUGGUCUGCGCAACAAGCGCGAGGUGUGGCGUGUCCAGCUCACCCUCUCCAAGAUCCGUCGUGCUGCCCGUUCGCUCCUGACCCUCGACGAGAAGGACCCCAAGCGCCUUUUCGAGGGUAACGCUCUCAUUCGCCGUCUCGUUCGUGUCGGUGUCCUCGACGAGUCCCGCAUGAAGCUCGAUUACGUCCUGGCCCUCAAGAUCGAGGACUUCUUGGAGCGCCGUCUCCAGACCUGCGUCUACAAGCUCGGUCUUGCCAAGUCCAUCCACCACGCUCGUGUCCUGAUCCGCCAGCGCCACAUCCGUGUUGGCAAGCAGAUCGUCAACGUUCCCUCGUUCGUUGUCCGUCUCGACUCCCAGAAGCACAUUGACUUCGCGCUCACCUCGCCCUUUGGUGGAGGCCGCCCCGGUCGUGUCAGGAGGAAGAAGGCCGCCGCUGCCAACAAGGGUGGUGACGACGAUGCCGCUGAGGACGACGAGGAGUAA